CAUCGAUGCAACAACACAACAAGACCAACAAUAACUCUCUGGUUCACCUCGCCAUUUUGUGUGUGCUCGCCGUACACAAUGCCGCCCGGGAAAUUCCCCAACAAUGUCAACCUUCCCAGCGACAUCCAAUUCAUCUCAACUCCACCAGCGCAGCCCUCGGCCUUCAACGCGACGGACGCUGACAGUGGAGUUGCCCUAACCACCUCGCCUGCCAUUCAUAAUCCUCCUCUGCCAGUGGACGGACCCGGUCAUGAAGCAUUUUCCAAUUUCUACUUGAUCGGAGCGCUGGUCGGAAUCCCUGCUAUCCUGACAUGGACAAUGGGUGGCGGGAUUAAGACCGGCCUCGUUCUCGGUUCGAUCACUUUCUUCCCUAUCCUCGUCGCUUUCUGGACUUGGACCUCGUGUUGCAGUCCGCCCACCAAUACGAAAGUCAAAUUGCCCGGUCGGCCAAUUGAGGACUACGUGACCUUCAAGAACGAGGCCGAUCGGACGAAAUGGCACGGUCGGAACAAAGUCCCCCUGCAAACCUUCUGCGAGAUGUAUCUGGAUGGCUCUGUCGAUUUCAACGGCGACUGUCUAGACAUCAUGGAAUAUCGACAUGAUUGGGCCAACUUUCGGUUCACCUGGGAUCUAUUCAAGUAUAUUCUUCUGACCUUCGCCCGAGAUGUUCUCUUCCACACCAAAUCUCAAGAUGAGGAACAGAUUCGUCCGAACUACGACCGCGGCAACGAUCACUACGCCUGGUUUCUCGGCCCACGCAUGGUCUAUACCUCGGGUAUCAUCUCGGAUCCUGAUAGGGAAGAAACGCUGGAGGAAAUGCAAGAUAACAAAAUGGCGAUUGUCUGCGAAAAGCUUGGUCUCAAAAACGGCGAGACUCUGCUAGAUAUUGGAUGUGGAUGGGGGACACUGGCCAAGUUUGCGAGUCUUAACUACGGGGCAAAGGUCACCGGGCUCACUAUUGCCCAACACCAGACAGCAUGGGGUAAUGAUGCCCUUCGGGCAGCUGGAGUUCCGGAGGCACAAAGUCGAAUUCUCUGCAUGGACUACCGUGAUAUCCCCCGUACGAAAUAUGAUAAGAUCACGCAGAUCGAGAUGGGAGAGCACGUGGGCGUACGCAAGUUAUCGACCUUCUUCCGUCAGUGCUAUGACCUCCUCGAAGAUGACGGUGCCAUGUAUGUCCAGCUCUCCGGUCUUCGUCAGGCCUGGCAGUAUGAGGAUUUUAUCUGGGGACUGUACCUGAACAAAUACAUCUUCCGCGGAGCCGAUGCCUCCACCCCUUUAUGGUAUUAUGUCCUGGCCUUGGAACGGGCAGGGUUCGAAAUCAAAAGCAUUGACACCGUUGGCGUUCACUAUUCUGGUACACUCUGGCGGUGGUAUCGCAACUGGAUUGGUAACGCGGAGACGAUCAAGGCCACCUACGGUCAGCGAUGGUUUAGAAUAUGGGAACUCUUCCUUGCCUGGUCCGUGAUUGCCUCUCGCCAGGGCAGCGCCACUUGUUUCCAGUUCGUCGUGGUGAAAAACCUCAACUCGACACACCGUAUCAAGGGGGUAUCGUCCCAGUACGGCUUAUCAGCUGCGCUGGCUGCGAGUAGAAGCGCUGGCAAGUCGAAGCUGCCAUAGGUCGGUCGGGAUUUCAUACCAUCGACCGGGCAUACACAGAGUAGAGCACUCUUUGCUCUUGGACUUCACAUGCAGAGCUUACGUGCAAUCGAUAUUAUGGCAUACAAAGGGGGACACUUUCUGUUAUGAUAAUUAUGAUGAUGAGAGAUUCUGCUCUUGCGUGAGGCAGCAGCUUGACAGGAUCAUGUGACCCACUACAUGAGUUCUUAUCGAUGAGGACUCGACUCCUAACGAC